AGAACCAAGUUGCCGAGAGGGUGUCAUUGUUAUCGACAUUCCUACCGCGCUUGUUCAGGACGGGGAACUUCACGGAAGAAGUACUUGCCGACGUUGAAUCUCCAUUCUCCAGGCCGAAACGCUAUCACUUCACUGUUGUACAGGCGCAUCUGCGAGAAGAUGACAAGACACGGUUCCAUUCAAAUGCCCACCGCUGCCGUACAACAAUGUCGACCUCCACACCACUUACGGCUGACUCAUCAACAACAUCUCCAGCACCACUUUCGGGGAGUCAAAAGUCAACCGUUCCGCACCCUCGACGACAUCCGUGUCUCCAAUGUCAACGGCGCAAGGUCAAAUGCGAUCGGAAUGAGCCAUGUUCGAAUUGUGUGAAAGCUCAUGUGGAAUGCCUCGCUCCGGAUAUGAAGCCUAUUUUCAAGAAAACGGGCUUGAUCCUGAGGCCGCCAGCACACCCUAUUUAACAGCGAUACCCUCCGUUGAGAGGUCGGCGAGGACGUUCAAGAGCGGCAGUCUUCUCGAUGACCAGUAUCGUGAAGCAGAAGAGAUCCUUCGAGAUUCUUCUGACGAUGACCUACUCCAGGAGCCCAUGACAAGAUCAUUUGAUAGUCGAAAGACCGCAGCCGAUGGUUAUGAUCUUGUCUUUGGAGAGCACGGGAAACAAGGCUUAGCAGCCUUUCACCCAUCGCCAUUAGAUACCUUCAGAUUAUGGCAGAUCUUCCCCGACAACGUCAAUCCGUUGGUCAAGAUACUUCAUGCACCAAGCGUCCAACAACAGAUUCUCGAUGCCUCCGCAGAUCUCGCACGGGUUCCAGCAAAUAUGGAAGCCUUGAUGUUCGCUAUAUACUCCAUGGCGAUUGCAUCAAUCACGACUGAAGAAUGCAAUGCCUUCUUCGGAAGUGAAAGAGAGCUUCUUCUGGCGCAAUAUCAUGCAGGAGCGCGGCAAGCUCUGACCAAUGCGGGUCUACUGGGCUCCUCUGAUCUCGUUACCCUACAAGCGUUUACCUUAUACCUGGUAAGAUAUUUUCAGAGUAUCUAGCGAGCCUAUUCCCAGUAAGAAUGGCACCGUUUGACAGGGCGUACAUAAGCACCGGAAGUAUGAGGUCCGACAGGUUCGCGACGGCGACUUCCUUCUUUCCAAGCUGUUAGGUUUAUACGGUAGGGCCGAUGGCCUUCCCCAUGUCAAAGGCUAACCCUAUACCGUUGUAUGUGAAGGACU